AAAUUAGAAUACUGUGAAGAAAUCACCAUUUACUUCUCAGUUUUUGCAGGAAAAAAAAAAGAAAGAAAUUAGGAUCACAUCAAAUCAAUCAAAAUAUGGUACUUUCAAAACGAUAUGUCAAUCUUCAAUACUUGGUUGGGAAUCCCUUUGCCUUAAUCACUGCCUCGAUGCCACGUGGCAUUGAAGCAAUCAGCCUGUGGCAUUGCCUGGGAGUUAUGGAAGCCCAGAUUUCCUUGAUGCUUGCUGUCAGCUCUUCUUUGUUGUUGGGUCUGGUGCCCCUCAUUUUCCUCUUGAGAAUACCCCAUAGAUUCUCAAUGGGGUUUAGGUCCGGUGAGUUGGCUGGCCAGUCAAGCACUGUGAUGGCAUGGGCAUCAAACCAGGUUUUGGUGCUUCUGGCAGUAUGGGCAGGGGCCAGGUCCUGCUGGAAGAUGAAAUCUGCAUCUCCAUACAGAUCCUCAGCAGAAGGAAUCAUGAAGUCCUCUAAAACAUGCUGGUAUACUGUUGCGGUGACCUUGGAUUUAAGAAAGCAGAGUUUACCAACACCUGCACCGGACAUUGCACCCCAAAUCAUGACGGACUGUGGAUAUUUCACACUGGACCUCAGGCAGAUUGGGUUCUGUUCCUCACCCGUCUUCCUCCAAACCCUUGGACCUUGAUUCCCAAAUGAAAGACACACUUCACAUCGGGAAAGAGGACCUUGGACCACUGGCCAACAGUCUAGUCCUUCUUCUCCUUGGCCCAGUGGAGACGCUUCCUACGUUGGCUCAGGUUCAGAAGUGGCUUGACCCGAGGAACCCGACAGUGGUAGCCCAUCUCCCGGAUGCGUCUGAAUGUGGUGGUUUUUGAAGCUGUGACUCCCGCCUCAUUCCACUCUUUCUGGAUCUCUGCAAGAUUCUUGAAUCUUCCCUGUUUGAUAAUCCGCUGAAGUCCACGGUCAUCUCUUUUGCUGGCGCAUCUUCUCCUGCCACAUUUUGCCCUUCCUCUAGACUUUCCAUUGAUAUGCUUGGAAACAGCACUCUGUGAACAACCAGCCUCCUUAGCUAUGAACUUUUGUGGCUUACCCAUCCUAUGGAGGGUAUCAAUGAUGGUCUUCUGGCCAGUUGUCAUGUCUGCAGUCUUCCCCAUAUUGAACCCAACUGAGACAACUGAACCAAACUGAAGCAAUUUAAUGACACCUGGGGAAGCCUGUGCAGGUGAUUUGACUUUAGUAGAUGAUUAGUGUGUGACACUCAGUUUAAAACAUUCAUGCCCUGCAAAAUUUGGGCUGAUUUCUUCACAGUAUUCUAAUUUUUGGAAUUCCUGUUUUCGUGGGUUUAAUGAGCUGGAAGCCCAAAUUAUAUAAAAAUAAACAAAUAAAUACUUGAAAUCACUUAAAUUGUGGGCCCUGAAUCUAUAAUCUAUGAAAGUCUACAUACAUACAUACAUAUAUAUACAGUACCUGUAUGUGUGUGAGUGUGUGACGGUCCACAACUCGAUGUGGGGGAAUGCAGCUCCACAAUGCUGUCACUUGAAUGCAUCACAUCCAGUCAGGUGGAUUAUGGACUUCUUUUAAUGGCAGUGUGUCCUGCAACAACAGUUUUACAGAGGAAUGACAGGUGAGCGACGACUUUGGUCACGGGAUAAUCUACAUUGCACGUGGGUUUUCUCCGGGUACUCCGGCUUCCUCCCACAUUCCAAAAAAACAUGCAGGUGAGGUUAAUUGGCGACUCUAAAUUGUCCAUAGGUAUGAAUGUGAGUGUGAAUGGUUGUUUGUCUAUAUGUGCCCUGCCAUUGGCUGGAGACCAGUCCAGGGUGUACCCCGCCUGUCGCCCGAAGUCAGCUGGGAUAGGCUCCAGCAUGCCCCCGCGACCCUAAUGAGGAAGAAGCGGUAUAGAAAAUGGAUGGAUGGAGGAUUCCAAGUUAGUUCAACAAAGAAACUGCAUUAAAGUCUAUAAAACUUCACUCAAAAGUGCAGACUUCAUUCCAAUUAGUGAACACUAUCAAAUGCACAUUACAUUGUCCAUCACAAAAUAUAAACACACAGUAAACAUUACAUCACCAAAUGUCCCGGACGGUGCAAAAAGGUGACUCAGCAUGUCUCAUUUCUAACAGUUCUGAGGACUUCCUGCAGCAACUUGCACAUGCCACUAUUCACCAGUAACAGGCGCUGUUGCAACACUUCUGCCAUAAUUUAUCACCGCACAUCGACACUUCGUUACAUAUAAAUAUAUAUUUAUAAAUGUAUAUAUUAUUUCUUUAAGGGAAAGACUACUCUUGGCACCCCUUAAACAAUAUAUUAAUUUAAUAGACAAUGAAACAAGAAAAGGGCACAUUUCACACAGCAACCGAGAUGGAAUCGAUUGCUUUGGUCUGCAAGGAACAGCUCUCUCAUUGGUCCGUAGUAGUUGCGGCGCCAAGAAAGCAGGAAGUAAUCGUUGUAAACACGGACGAACUGUAGAACUGUACGGCGUUUCUUUUACUUUGGUUGUUUGACAAGAUGGAUACACAGUCCUAUCUUCCCGUAAAACCCGGCGUCUGCAUGGAAGAACAUUUCUUCUCCCUAGACGACAUUUUGCUCUCGCAUGAGCGACUUCCUAUCCGGACAGACGUGACUUUUCCCAGGCUUGGAUUUAUGGACAAGUCGAGGGACUCGUCGGACAUUGUGGAGGGCACAAAGAUCGAGUUUCCUUUGUGGCUUUCCAAGGGUUUGUAUGAGCAGAACAAAGGCAUGCUGUCAGUGGAGCUACCAAAGGUUUACAGACAAGGCUGGAGAACGGUGUUCCACGCAGACCCAGCUGUGGUGGAUCUGCAUAAGCUGGGGCCGUACUACUAUGGGCUGGGAUCCCAGAUGCUGCACUUUGACAGCCCAGAGAACCAGGACAUUGCACACAUCUUACUUCAGACGUUUAUGGGCCGAUUCAGGCGCACCAUGGACGCUUCGCAGAACGCCUACAAGGAGGACACUUCAGCGCUGGUGGAGCGCCUGGACCGUCUGGAGAAGGUGCUGUUCCACUCAGGUCAGAGAGGCCUCAACAGCUUCCAGAGCUGGGAGAAAGGAGAGGCCUCCCAGCUCACCGCCUCCAGCCUGGUGCUCAACUACCGCAAGAGGAAGAUAACGGACCUGUAGUAGGUGCCUAACUGUCCUGCCUUCCCUCUCUGCCAAAAUAAAUCUGCAAAUGAUGUGAAAGCUGUAGGGUUUGGGUUUUUGCCAUUGGUCUAGUGCCUAGAGGGCUUGACCCGUGUUUUGAUUGAGAAGGUUUGCUAUGCUCUAAUGACCAAAGUUUUCCAUUUGGAAGUCAGGAAUCCGACUUUAUCACGGUCAUGUUGUACAUCAGUGACCUUCACUGAACAUGUGAUUCUUCACUGGAUUUCAAGUCAUUCCAACAUCAAACUCUUCAAUCAGGUCAGGACAUUCAGGCUACCUGUUCUUCACGUGACAAAACCUUUUGCUUUGUGCAAAACUCCCAUGUUUUCUCUAAAAAUGUAUGCCGCCUUUCUCAAAGCAUUCCAAAGUCAAAAUGCACAAAACAGUCAGGAGUUUGUGGUAUAUUACUCUACAGUACCUUGCUAUCAUUAGCAUUGUAGCAUUUUUACAUCAGCAGACACUUAGCGCUUCCAUGCUAGAUGUUGCAUGUUAAUAUUAGCAUGCAGCCUUUUUUUUUUUUCCAUUUUCAUGAGCAUUAACAUUGGCAGACUCGUAGCGCUACAUGCUAGUUCACAAAUAUUUUACAAGCAGAAAACAACGUGAAGUCAUUAUGGGUUUAGUUUAUUUGAACAUGAAGGUUCCAAUGGAAUACAUCUCAUGAAUCAUUUCAGUUCCACAUGUCCAAAAGGAGUAGGAAGAAGCAAAGCUUAUUUAAUCCUACCCCCCAUCCAUUCUACAUCUAUUACAGUACAUGUUGUUCACUUCCUGCAUUCCAUGUCAUGUUUUCAGUGAUAGUCAGAAUAAUACAUAAUAGAUAACGGUAAGACCCCCCCAAAAAUAAUAUAUAUAAAUAAUAAUAAUAAUCAUAGAAAUAAAUAAAUAUUUAAAAUAAAUAUGAAUAAAGAACAUUUUCUUUUUCUUUUUUUUUAAACAAAACAAAAAAAAAUAACAAACCUGGCAGAACAUCAUUGUGAUGAUGAAGACUCUUCUGCCUUGUAUUUAGCAAACAUCAACUGCUUGUAAACAAUACGUGCUCAUCUCUGUACUUUGUUUGACUUUCUUACUCAAUCCCUUCCAUCAUUUCAUUCCACAUACAGAAAUGCUAUGGGUUUUCAGCGUAGUUCUCACAUAUAAAUGUUUGAAGUUUAAUUUUCCUCUAAGAUCAUAUUUCUCCUCUCUGAUAGAGAAAUACUGUUUGAGGUUUUUGGGUUACGAGUUGUCAUUAACUUCUGCAAAUUUUAAUAUCUGCAAUUUUAAAAAUAAAGGUUUGUAUGUUGUCUAUACUUGGUAUUAUGAAUGAUCAUCACUAAUAUGUGAUAUUAAAAAUAAAGGUGUGUAUGUUGUCUAUACUUGGUAUUAUGAAUGAUCAUCACUAAUAUGUGAUAUUAAAAAUAAAGGUGUGUAUGUUGUCUAUACUUGGCAUUAUGAAUGAAUACAUUAUGAGUACAGUGAGUGAGUAAAGAUUGCUUUUGUAAU